ACUCUGUUAAUCAUAAUAAUAUAGAUGAAUCAUCAAAUAUAAGUGCAGCUAUUUGGGACGAUGAAAGCAUGAAACUGUUAUUUAGUUUAUAUGAAGAUUAUCAAGAUAAGUUUCAAAGCACUGUAAUAAAAAAUGAUACAGUGUGGGACAAAAUUAAAGUACAAAUGAAUAUUAGUGGAAAUUAUAAUGUUACCAGAACACAAAUUAAUGAUAAGUGGGCAAAUAUGAGGAAAACCUACAUGAGAAUAAAAGAUCAUAAUAAAAGGACAGGAGUUACACCUAAAACAUGCCGAUAUUAUAAUGAAAUGGAUUGCUUAUAUGGAGACAACCCAAAUGUAAAUCCGGUUAAAGUUGUGUCAAAUAUGAGAUUUGAGGCUGAAGAUGAAAAUAUAUCAUCUGCAGAAAACAGUGCAGCAGAUAAUAAUGAACCAAAGAAAGGAAAGAAGACUAAAAUUGAACGACAUUUAUCUUCCUGGACAGAAAACUUUAUCGAGUAUAGUAAAGAACGAGACAAACGUCAAGAACAGCGUAAUGCAGAAAAAAUAGUUGCAAUAGAAAACGCAACAAAAACUUUUCGCGAGAACACAACACGCCAAAAUAGUUUCGGGAAUCAAAUCUACUCGACUCAUAUGUAA